GUAGAAACAUCUCUCGCGAUCUGGUCCCGAACAAACACAAGCGCUAGGCAAGCAGGACAAAAUUAUCAGAAACAAUCAUCAAGCGAUGCAAACCCCAUUGCAAAGUAAUUUCGCUUGGAACCAAUGCUUCAAAAGAGACUACUCUAAAAGCUACUGAACCCUCCACCUGGCAUUCACUGAUUGGUACUACAACGACCACUUGUACAGACACCAACGGCGAAACGACACCCUCUAAAUAUCUUUGCCUCUUCAAACAUACAAAAGAUGAAAAGAACAAGUUUUUCCCUCGGCAUAUUCUAAAGUUCACGCGGUUGAAGCAAAGCAAAGACAGACUUCCCAUCAACAACCGUACAAUUUGCCCAUUUUAAAGUUCCCAACUUAUCCUUUUCAUUUCUUUUGUUAAAUAUAUAUAAAAAAUUUCACUCUAUUUUGAGGAUCAAAAUUCUAUACUUUUUUUUAAUCUUAUCAAAAUUCAGUUAUGGUGAAACCGAGUGAAAAUGGGUCUCAGUCAAUAGCACCUUUCCUAAAAAAAUGCUAUGAAAUGGUAGAUGAUAAGGCUACAGAUUCAAUAAUUUCAUGGAGCCAAAAUGGUGAUAGUUUUGUAAUUUGGGAUAUGACUGAGUUUUCAGUUCAUUUGCUUCCUAAGUACUUCAAGCACAGCAAUUUCUCUUCUUUCAUCAGGCAACUCAAUAUUUAUGGUUUUAGAAAAAUUGAUUCAGAUCGUUGGGAAUUUGCAAAUGAUGGAUUUGUCAGAGAUCAAAAGGACUUGCUGAAGAAUAUUGCUAGGCGGAAAUACUCCCAGGGAUCUGAGCAGCGUAAAUCACUGCAGCAGCAGCAGCAGCCACCACAACAUCUGGAGAACUCUGUUGGAUCAUGUGCAAACAAUGAAAAUAUUGGGCUGUGGAAAGAAGUUGAGAAUUUGAAGACUGAUAAAAAUGCUCUUAUGCAGGAGUUGGUUAAACUUCGGCAGCACCAAGAGUCUGCAGACAAUAAGGUACUUCUCUUGAAGGAUCGUCUUCAAGGAAUGGAGAAAAGUCAGCAGCAGUUGUUGUCAUUCUUAAUAAUGGCCAUGCAAAGCCCGGGCUUUUUGGUCCAACUGAUUCAACCAAAAGAAAAUAAUUUGCGCGUGGCUGGAGCAAGCAAUAUGCUAGAACAAGUUGCAGAGGAUGGUGAACCAGUGGCUUCUGAUCAUAUGAUAGUAAGGUAUCAGCCAUCAAUUGAUGGAACAUCAAAGCCGGUACUCACACCAAUGAUAGAUUCUGAAAAUCCUCGUGAAUCUGAUAAUUCUUCAGAUGGAACGAAAGAUUUUUGGAUGGAUAUUGAUUUUGUUAAAGUGCUUAUGGAUGAAAGUCAUACAACUUUCAUCCCACCCGAAUUACAUGAUGAUGGUGAAUGGGAAAAGCUUCUUUUAGCUGAUGGUUUUCCAGAGAACAAUGACAAUGGAAAUCAAGAUAAAGAAGGGCCCAUCAAAUCUGGUAUCGAAAUGGAGGUAACAGGUUCUGGAGCCCAUUUGGAAAAAUCUUGUAGUUUUGAACUUUUACUACAAAAUAUGGGGAAAUCACAAAACCUGGAGAUUGAACCACUGUUAAAUGGAUCACAAUUGGAGAAAUCCCAGAACUUGGAACUUCUGACAGAAGCAAUGGGACAUUGGACUUCCAAAAGUACUAAACUACAUGGAAUUCCUUAGAAAGGUAGUUGGAGAUUUUUGUGCAGAAUGCAUAUCCUGUUAUCCUCACAUUAAUGAUCUUUCUUAACCUAUAUGCAAUAUAUAUAUAAUUUCCAAUACAUCUUUUUGCUUCUUUUCAUUUCACCAUAUCUGAAUGCAUGCACCCCGAUCAUCAUGAAAGGGGCUGCCUGGCAAAAUUAACAAUUGUAAUACAUCUAGUGAGUAUUGGAGGAUGAUAUGGCAGUUUAAGUUUGUUUUUGCCAAGUAGCUGUAGCUAUCAAAGGAAACUGCCUUGAAUGAAGUUAUCAUUUUAAAUUUGUGGUUCCUAUUCUCAAUUGUUUACAAACCCAUAUCGAUAUAAUCCAUAAACAAUCUCA